AUGCAACUUCCGACGGACAUCGCCAUCUCGACAUGUCGCCUGACCACUACCAAGACCUCUCAAAAGAGCAUGGGGACAAUAGAGCCUCUGCUCUCUCUAUUGGCAUGCCUGAAGCCAUCAAACAACCGACGUGGCAUCAACGAGGUCGGGGCUUGCUACCCUGGCCUCGCAUUUGGGGUGACGUGGGAGACCACGACCACCCCGCGUGCGUCACGGUCCCUCAUACCGGCGUUGGAGUCUCCGUGUCCGCCAAAAAACCUCAGUCAGCUGUCUGCGAUGUGGUACAGCGGACACGGCGAGUCCAACGCGGGAAUCUCGUACAUGAGAGGGCCGAAUGGCGAAUCGGGGCCUGCCAUUUCCAUCAUUAUGGCAGAUAAGUACAGCGAUAUCGACGUCGACCGAGGUGACGAUAUCGUCUACUGCGGAAGCAAUUCACUUGAUAACACCUCGAGCAACACUCCCGCCGAUGACGGACCGCCCGUUCGGGCGCCUUCAAUCAUCAUGGCAGACAAGUACAGCGACAUCGACGUCGACCGAGGUGACGGCAUUAUUUACUGCGGAAGCAAUUCACUUGACAACACAUCGAGCAACACUCCCGCCGAUGGCGGACCGCCCGUUGGAGGCAACGCAGCCCUAUUCAAGCCCACAGAGAAGAAUAUUAGACUUGUUCGAAUAUGCCCCAAGAACCCUGAGCGGAUGCGCGCUCUUCCAUUGUUCGAAGAGCUAUGCCUAGCCCAGCUUCCGGGCGAGACUUUUGGCUCAAUAUACGCCAUCAAGAGAAAGCUGGAGAUCAUCAAGAGGUUUCCGCCCGAGGGACGAUCCGGAAAACAACAUCGCGUCCUCACUUCGCCCGUCAGGGAUAUUUCAGCUUACCUUCUCUUCUCAAACGACUCGACGUCGAGAACACCAUCCACCCACGCUUCAAUCAGUGCUCGAAUGCGGAAAUUUAUUUUGCUCGAAUGCUUGACAGCAGCAUCAAACAGCAACGACCAGGUUGUCGGUGGUUAUCUUCAAGAUCUCCCUGACCUCGAAGAUCUCCCUGACCUCGAAGAUCUCCCUGACCUCGAAGAUCUCCCUGACCUCGAUGAUCUUGACGCUCACCUUAGGGACCCUAGCUCAUUUGCUUUCACGGGCGCCGAGCAGAGUAUCAACUUCCACACGAGUUUCGAGGGGAUGCCCCCAAACGGUCCGGCCGAUCAGUGCUUGGGCCCGACAGUCCUCCCAGAAAUUGAACAGGAGUGCUGGAAGCCUCCAUCUGCUACUGGGGGAGCAUCCCGGAUUGUGUCGGGCGUUCGCAUAGUCGCCCAGAAGGAGAUGGCCCCUCUGUAUACUCGUCUAUGCAUUGGGGAGGGGGAAGGAACCCCCGAGGGCAUCAAGGGUGCAGCGGGGGCGCCGGACACCUCUCGCGAGGUUUUGAAGAUUGGGCAUCUUCAUGGUCUCCUGCUCCUUCUGUGCGAUCAUCUCGCACAGAAGGAGAUGUUGCCCCAGUCAACUGAGCGCAUCGUUGAGGUCCAAGGCACACCCGAGGGCAUCAAGGGAGCGAUUUGGGAAAUCUGCAAGUGUCUCGUCGACGAUUGGCAGAUUCGACGACGAGGACCUCCAAGGAAGAACUCGGGCGCAGACAGGCAGCAGGAAGGACCACCGCCGCUGCAAGUUCAAGUACUACCAGCGCAGACAAAGCCGGUCCAAGUACCGCAACGAGGAGCCUGUCCCAGGAUGAUGUCGAAGGUUAUUUCACUACAAGCCGUCAAUCUCACCAUCGACAUCAUCCUCGGAAUACUUGAAGUCUUCGUCAUCGCUUGGAGUCUGGUGGUUAUCGGCUAG